GAGGCCAUGCCCAUAGAGGAUCGCGCCGAGAUCAGCUUCAGGCAACAUGGUCGCGUCCCAACUGCACGCGCAUUCGCUGCCAUGUCGGCCUCGGCCGAAUGUACCUCUCGAAAACGCCACCUCGGCCGGGCUUGGCCCCACUCGUGGCGGCACAUUGCUUCAAACAAGCGCGAAGGAGCCCUGUGGCACGGGGGUGGGAGAGGAGGGGGGGUGGAACCAGACGGAACAGCUCAGCCCGGAGCUGCCUCAGUCUGGCGGCCCCACCAACGACGCGAGCCGCCUGCGCAGCGCGGCGCGCCAUGCCGCCUCGGGCCCCGCGGCCCUCUUCGCUUGGACGAGCACGAGCGCGGCCGCGCGGGGCGGCAGCGACGUAGCCCAGCGUGGGCACGGCCGGACAGCCAGCGCCUGUCAGCGUGGGGCCGCCGCGCAGCACUGGAGGCAGGCGACCCAGCCGGGGCCCUGCGAUGCUACGUGCGGUGCCCAGGCGCCACCCCCGAAGAGGGCCCAGGCGGCCUCGGCCCAAUCGUUGCGGCACACGCCGCCGCUUUGUUCGCCUGCCCUUGAGCUGCUCGCCUUCUGCCGUCCUGCACGAUCAGGCGACAAGCCUCGCACUCGUUGACCACGGCGACGACGCCAACGGGCCUAACGUGCCGCUUCCGCGGACCGCCGCGGGCCGUCGCGGUCGCCGCGUAGGGCAAACACACCCAUUAAUUAUCCAUGCUGUUCGACUUCGCGUGGCACAUUCC